AACAUUUUGAGCACGCGUGCGCCACAUUUGGCUCCUUUCCGUGCCCGAGUGGGACACUACCUGACUUGGUCUCAAAUACCAGCCUCCCCGCUGCUGGCGCAUAUUUGGGGUUUGUCUCCUCACUUCAACAAGCAGUGGAAGCACCCAGGCACGCACGCUGUGCGGGACUUCCACGGCGGGCUCCCAUCGUGGAUUGGGAUGUUUUGCUGAUGGAGCGCUGCUAAGGGGAGCAAGUAGACUUUUGUGUCUGUGAGAUCCAAAUGCAUUGGCUUCUAGGACGGAAGAAGAAAGAAAAAGAGGAAGAAGAAGCAGCAGCAGCAGGGUUUGGGAGCGAUCUGUGUAUGGGCUUUCUGCCCCACGCUGCCACCAUGUUCAGCUGCGUGGGCUGCUUCUGGGUGCUCCUGUCCUCCACCCUGGUCGCCGUGUGCAGUUUCAGUUUCAUCUCCCCCGCCUGGAUUGUGAAGGAGCAGCUGAGGAGCAACCAUCACCAUCAUCACCACUCCAACAAGGACUCGGUGAGCUUCGGCUUGCUGUGGCACUGCUCCGAGUCUCUGGAUCACAUGUACCGCUGCUACACCUUUGGAGGGCUGGGCAAAUUUGCGGAGAUCCCGUCCAGUUCGUGGCAGACCAGUGCAGUGCUGUGCUCGGGGGGGUGCGCUCUGCUCGCCGUCAGCUCCCUGCUGGCCAUCAUCAGCGUCUUCCUGCCCAGUGGAGGAUGUGAGAGGAGGAUCUGCGGCCUGGCGGGAUACGUGCAGAUGGCAGCAGUGUUUAUCAUGGCUGUGGGGCUGCUGGUCUACCCAUUUGGGCUCAACUCUUCGCUGGUUAGAUCUUUUUGCGGAGACUCUGACAUCUACAAUGCUGGCGAGUGCCAAAUCGGCUGGGGAUACAUGUUGGCCAUUGUCGGAGUGAUGCUCACUGUCUUUUUGCCAUUUUUUGCCAAAUAUGCACCAAAGGAGCAGCUGUCUCCCACUCCUUUGCCCACUCUCUUAUAGUUUGUAUUGACAUUUUUACCGGUGUAACACUUUCUCUGAGCCAGAUUGAAUGGAAAUACACCAGGAUUUUUCAGUGAUGAUGCUGUCUGGGAAGCCUGUGAUCAUCGUCAUCCAACAGUACAUGUUUGAAGUGAAAAUACUUCCAUUAUGUUGCAUUUCAACUAAUAAAUUAACCAUUUUCCUGGAGACGCUGUGGAGAAAUGGGAGGACUUUUGAUGUGAUGAUUUAUUGCAGCAUUUGUGUGUGUGUGUGUGUGUGUGUUUUGUAUUUCCCUCUUGUGUUGAACAAAGACUAGAAAUUGUGUGCACAAAGAGGCCACUUCAGUUUUUUCACUGACGCAAUCAAUUAUUCAGCAAAGCGGUUCAACUGUAAAUACGAACUAACAGACUUAAAGCUGAAAGGAUUCUAAAAAAAAUGGCUAAAAAAAACGGAAGAAGAGGCUUUCAAAGAUGCUACUUUUUCUUGGAUUCUUCAAAGGUCAUCAGUUAAAACAAUAAGUGGUGUUGUCCAAAAUGAUUUGUGUAUGUAUAUUGCUUGUUAAAUGGAAGUAAUUUCUCGUCUACAACAAAUAAUACUUCAGGACAAAUACGAUUGCAAAAGGCAGGGAGAUGAUGGAGGGAUUUUGUCAAAUUGCAUGAGAACUUUGUAAAUGGUAGAAGAACUGCUCUAGAUUUUAACGUGAUGUGACCAACUUGUGCCUUUCAGUGUAACAAAGACGAGUGUUAAGUACAAUGAUCAGGUUUCCGUCUCAGCCAUUUUUUCAUUUCUGCAGACAAAAAGAGAGUCCUGUCGUGUGAAGUUUCUUUUUGUGUCCUUUCCAUACUUGAUGCAGUAUGAUUUCAUGAACAUGGCAAAAUAAUUCUGGAAAACAAAUAAAGCACCUCAUAGUAACAUUUUAUAAUCCUUGGAACCACGAGAAGCAAGACAAAUGCUGUGUUUUUCACUUUCAUUACGACACGAGACCUUCCAGCUAAUCAAAACUGCGGGGCACCCACCCAGUGUUCUAUUUGAUUACCAGUCGCAAAUGGAAGGAAAGAGCUUUACAAAUUCAACAUUUGUUCUAGUUGAGCAAAUAUGUCAUCAUCCAUACUCAGCACCUCAGUCCAAGACUGAGGUGCUACUUAACUGUCCUUGCACACUGCCAGCUCAUCAAACCUCAUUUACUUUUAGUGUGUGUUCAUAUUUGUGUUACGAGGCACUUUUUUUUUAAAAUUUUGCCCAGCAUCCACAAUCCCUAUGUGAGCCAAGAACACACGUCUUUCCCUUUUCUGUACUGGUUAAUUUUUCACUGAGAAUGCACGUAAUUGGAAUUCAGCAGUUACCCAUCCCACUUUGUUUGACGGUCCUUGAACGUAACGUAGUUGUUUGCAUGUGCUCACGUUCACCUGCGCUGCACAAAUAAGAUUACUACAAUGCAUUUUUCCCGUUUUCCUUUCACCUCAUAUUUGGUCCCAAAAGCUGAUACUUUGUGGGAAUGCAUAAAGGUAAGGUUUGAGGACGUUACUGAGUGCUAAUGUGCAUAUUUAUUCGGUGCACAAUCUCAAGUUAAUUCAUACUAGCACACUGCCUGUUACCACACACAUCAAACAGUGAUGUAUAUUUAUUUUAUUUUAUUGAACCUUUAUUUAUCCAAGUAAGGCAGUUCAUUUGCCAAGCCAACCUGGCCAAGAGGUGCUAUAAUAAAAAGGUUAGGGACCACUGAUCUAGAACUCACAUUGGGAUUGUGCAUGAUGGACAAUAUUCCAAAAAAACAUGUCUGUGUAGAUUCUCAGUCAUCCCGGUCGUGGUCAUCCAUAAAGGUGGAAUCAUGGCAACCGGACUAUUCUUGUUUCUUCUUGCAUGUGCUGACAUCUCUCCCCCAAAGAUUGUCUCAUUGCACCGGAAGAGUGCCCACUAAUGAGUUGCAACGACAACUCUAUUGUACGCACCCACCCGAGACAUAAAUACCCAAGAAGCAUUUUAGAUUAAGGGUGAAACGUCCAGUUCUCGAUUCUGCCAUUGCUGCCAUACCUUGACACCAACAAAUGAUUGCCGUAUAAGGCUGCCAUAUUUGAAAAAAGGUUGGGAAUUUGGGAAAGACAUACCUGUGGGACCUCAUACUGUGGGACAGACUGGUCUUUUUGCCCUUUUUCUUGUUUGAACCACUGUGUGUGAAGUCUCAGCACUGGUGUUUUUGGUAGAUUAAACCUACUGUUUGCUUUUUCUUUCCCCCUCCAUCGUGACGUUUGACUGUACAUAAAAUGACUGUACUUUAUAUAUCAUGUCAGUCCUAACUGCCUGUUUUUGAAAGUUGUAUUGAGAGAUUACCUCAUUGUGGUUGCUUUAUCAGAAUUCCUCUUUUAACAUUGAUUGAUGGUCUGUGAUUUUCUUUGUAAUAAUAAAUCAUUCUAAAAAGGAAGACUGUUUACAGUUCC